CGCUGUCAACGGCUAUUUUAUUUUCCGUCUUACAUUUCUCUAGAAUCUUUCUCUCUGUUUUUCUGUGUACGGUGAAGAGGUGUGAUCUGAGAGUGAAGUGGUGUGAUCUAAGCAAACUGUCAUCAUAUAGGAAGUAAAGGGGUUUGUUAGAAGGACUGUAGUUAUAGAGAAAGUCACUUGUCUGUGGGGACAGAAUGGAGCACACCUUGCUCUGUUUGCUGCUAUUCCUGAGCACACACAUCUACUCUGGACACUCUGAAGAUGAUGAUGGAAAGGCAAAGGCUGUUCUGACCAUAUACCCCACAUCCUCCCAGAUAUUCAGUGGAGAGUCUGUCACUCUCAGAUGCAACAUACAGAGGGGAGAAGUCACUGACUGGAAAUACACAUGGAGCAAGGAUGAUGUAAACUCCUUCAGUAGGGAGAAUGAAUAUGAGAUCAGUGAGGUUAAGAUGUCAGACAGUGCUGACUACAGGUGUCUGGGUACACGUAUUACUAAUCAGCAGAAGCAUUCUGAGUGGAGUGCUGCAGUCAGACUGACGGUGACAGGAAUGCUGAUCAACAUUAUUUUACAUUCUAAUGUGUGUGAUAAUGUUUAUUUUCUGUGWUGUGUCUGUGCAGAGAGACCUGUGGCUGUUCUGACCCUCCAACCCAACUGGCCCCAGAUAUUCAGUGGAGAGACUGUCACACUACGAUGUGACAUACAGGGGGGAGAAGAGAUUGAGUAUGCUUUUUAUAACAGUGGGAUGUCAGUCUACAUGAAUACAGAGCCUGAGUACAGAAUCAGUCCUGCAAAGAAGGGUCUAUAUACCUGUGAAGGUCUUCAGAAAAGAAAUGGCUUAAAACACUCCCAGACCAGUAAUGCUAUACAAUUGACCGUGUUAGAUCAACCCCAAGCUGUCCUGAGUGUCUCUCCUCAGUGGCUGAACCCUGGAGACUCAGUUACUCUGAGCUGUGGGGUUAAAGAGUCAUCUACAGGCUGGAGGUUCUUCUGGAACCGAACUGUUCCCUACACAGCUGGGUUACUCUCCCUAUCGUACACGUCCUACUCUGUAGAUCCUCUAUCUGGCAAUGGGACUAGUGAAGACUCCUACACUCUGAUCCCUGCUGGUCCAAGUCACACAGGAGAAUAUGUGUGUAGAGCUGGGAGAGGAGACCCAGUCUAUGACACACUCUACAGUGAACCUCAGUUUCUCUGGUCAGGAGAUCCGCAACCUUCAGUGUCUCUCAAAAUAAGACCUAACAGAACUCAACACUUUACAUCAACGUCUCUCUCACUAAGCUGUGAGGAGAAGAGGAACUCUACUGGAUGGAGACUGAAGAGAUACAGAGAGAAAGCAGUGGAGUCAGAGUGUGGCUCUAACUGGGGAUCAAUAGCAGGGUCCACAUGUACCAUCAGGUUCCCAUACACAUGGGACAGUGGAGUGUACUGGUGUGAGUCUGGAUCAGGAGAGUACAGUAAUGCUGUCAACAUCACAGUGGACUUUGGCCCUCUGAUCCUGGAGAGCCCUGCCUAUCCCAUGACUGAGGGAGACUCUGUGACUCUGCGCUGUACAAAUAGAUAUCAGGAAACAAACCUGAACCCCAGGGUUGAUUUCUACAAAGAUGGAGUUCUCAUCAGGAAUGAGACCAAUGGAGAGAUGACCAUCCCUGCAGUAUCCAAGUCAGAUGAAGGCUUCUAUAAGUGCAAAUACCCUGACAAGGGAGAAUCACAGAGAGCUGGAUGA